UCCGGGAUGAUCGGCCAGAAAACUCUGUACUCCUUCUUCUCCCCGAACCCCUCCAGGAAACGUUGUGCUUACAGUCCCGAGCCAGCCGACCCAAAGGCCGGCGUGGCGGCCGUAGCUGGAGAGAACGGCGAUGUGACGGCCAGCCCCGCCAAGAAGGCCCGGGCCGGGCCGGACGAGCCCGGCACGCCGCCCUCCUCGCCCCUAAGCCCCGAACAGCUGGACCGGAUCCAGAAAAACAAGGCCGCGGCGUUGCUCAGACUUGCAGCCCGAAACGUGCCGGUGGGCUUCGGGGACAGCUGGAAGAAGCACCUCAGCGGAGAGUUCGGGAAACCGUAUUUUAUAAAGCUAAUGGGAUUUGUUGCAGAAGAAAGAAAACGUUACACUGUUUAUCCACCACCACACCAAGUCUUCACCUGGACUCAAAUGUGUGACAUACGAGAUGUGAAAGUUGUCAUCCUGGGACAGGAUCCUUAUCACGGACCCAGUCAAGCUCACGGGCUCUGCUUUAGCGUCCAAAGACCUGUUCCACCCCCGCCCAGUUUGGAAAACAUCUAUAAAGAGCUGUCGACAGACGUAGAUGGCUUUGUUCAUCCUGGCCAUGGAGAUUUGUCUGGGUGGGCUAAGCAAGGUGUCCUCUUGCUCAAUGCCGUCCUCACUGUUCGGGCCCAUCAAGCCAAUUCCCAUAAGGAGAGAGGCUGGGAGCAGUUCACCGAUGCUGUUGUGUCCUGGCUCAAUCAGAACCUGAACGGCCUCGUCUUCUUGCUCUGGGGCUCUUAUGCUCAGAAGAAGGGAAGUGCCAUCGACAGGAAGCGGCACCAUGUCCUACAAACUGCUCAUCCAUCCCCGUUGUCAGUGUAUAGAGGAUUCUUUGGCUGUCGACAUUUUUCUAAAGCCAAUGAGCUGCUGCAGAAGUCUGGCAAGAAGCCCAUUGACUGGAGUGAGCUGUGAUCCCACACAGCAGUGGUCAUCUCCUGGGGUGAUUUUUGAGGUGCUGCUGUUGAAGAUUUGUCAGAUACGAAGUUACUGUAAAUUUCUGUACUGUUGAGCACUCUGCUUAACAAUGAGAGAGAGCCUUCUCAAAGCAAACAAGAACCAGGCUGUCCCGUAUGGCAGCUUUAUCCAGCCAGAAGUAGGUAGCAAAGAUACCCUUUGACAGCUUCUGUGUAUUUCAGUUGUCCUCUAAUCAAGGCAGAGUGGCUUGGUGAAAAAUCUUCUCACAGGACAGCUGAGUCAAGUAGUCCCUUGGGGCUCUUCCCCUCCUUUUUAGCCUUACAGUCAGAAGGGGAAAUAAGCACGUUUUUGACACCUCCUCCAAAAGUUUGGUGCUUGCUGCUAGUUUAGACUUUAUAGGUUACAAGGUAUUUUGUUUUUGCUUAGAACCUCCCUGCUCCUUCUUACAAGGAAUCCCAGAUCCCUCCCUGGAGAAACCUUGAGAAUGUUUUGCAAGCUUCUAGAAAUCUGGCCCUAAAAUUGGGAAUCAGUUGUGGUGGAGGCCUGCAUUCCUGAGAAUUGUCUUUGGUGUAAGCCUUAGCAAACCAGCAGGCUAAAAACCACAGCUGGCAGCAGGUCCUUCUCCUGUUCUUUGAGUGCUUCCUGGAGUAGUAGGUAGUGAAAGUUGAACAAAGAUGAGGAGAGGGUUUUUUUAAUGAGAGAUAAGUGUUUCUCUCAGUGCUGAUAAGGCAGCACAGGCUGCCCAGUGCUGUUUGUUUUGGAGAUUUAUUUUUUAUUUUUUGCAACACUGGUAAAUUUAACCUUUUUUUUAAUGUAUAUAUAAAAUACACAGAUACAUAUUUUUUUUUAAUUCUUUUUUUAAGAGACGACUGUCUUUACUGAGUCUGCACCUCUACUGGAUGUAAUAGAGACUUUGUUGUCAGCAGGGUUAAAAAGUUAGC